CAGUCUGCUCCUCGCACCACACCGAAAAAACCAAAACCAUGUCCGCCAGCCUGCGCCUGCUCUGCCUGAUGGCCUGCACCCUCACCGUUGCCCUGGCCCACCGUCCCAGCUAUGGACUCUCCGGAUACUCUGGCUACGAUGCCGUCAAGGCGGCCGAGACCGCCGAGGCUCAGGCCUCUGCUCUGACCAAUGCCGCUGGAGCAGCUGCCUCCGCCGCCAAGCUGGACGGUGCCGAUUGGUAUGCCCUCAACCGUUAUGGCUGGGAGCAGGGCAGGCCCCUCCUGGCCCGUCCCUACGGACCCCUGGACAAGCUCUACGCCGCUGCCCUGCCACCACGCUCCUUCGUGGCCGAGAUCGAUCCAGUCUUCAAGAAGAGCCACUACGGCGGAGCUUAUGGCGAGAAGUCGGCUGUUCUUAACACCGAAUCCAAAUUGGCCGUUGCGGCGAUCUAAGAGCUGCUGUUGAAAAGCUCAGAAAGUCUUAAUAAAUAGUGAUAGCUUAAAUCAA